CGCUAAGUGUUGAACAUCCCCAAGGGCCACUCACCAUCAUUCCCUUCCCUCUACCCCAAAACCCCACAGCCAAACUAAACGAUCUUCCUCACCUUUUCCCACAUCAACCAUGUCAAACGAAUCCCAACCCAUGUCUCAUGAGGAGCUUGUUGCCUCCAAUGCAGCCUUGAAAGUCCAAGUAGAAUACUUGGCUAAGGAAGUGGCAAAUUUUACCAAGAUCAAACUGAAUGCACUACAAGGAAGUGAUCAUGAGGAUGAUGCUAGCACUAGUGGCAUCAACAAAACCAGGGCUCCCAUCCAUGAAGGUUCUAACUUCAAGGUGGACAUUCCGACUUUUGAUGGAAAGAAUGACCCGGACGAGUUCCCAGAAUGGCUAGAGACGGUGGAACGUGUUUUCGAUUUCAAAGACGUCUCCGAUGAGAAGAAUGUCAAGAUCGUGGCCUUGAAGUUCCGCAAGUAUGCAUCCACUUGGUGGACCAAUACUGGCACCAAAAGAAGAAGGAACGGUAAAGAACCAGUGUCUACUUGGACUAAGAUGAGGUCCCUCUUAAAGAAGAAGUUCUUACCCGCUGAGUAUGUUCGAGAGAAUUUUUCUAAGCUCCAAACGCUUAAGCAAGGUUCAAAAUCUGUGGAGGAUUACCACCGAGAGUUCGAGGAACUCUUCUUGAGGUGUGACCUACAAGAAGACGAUGAGCAAACCUUUGUACUCUACCUAUUUGGCUUGAACCUACAAAUAGCCAAUACGGUGGAGUUACAAAGCUACGAAACCCUCGAAGAGCUCACCAAGCUAGCCCUCAAAGUUGAAGCACAAAUCAAGAAGUCCAAGGCCCUUUUUUCCAAACCCAACCCCACCUAUACAUGGCCUAACCCCAUCGUCGCCGUCCAAUUGGAGCAGCCAGCCGCCGGUCGUCCACCCCUACCGUUCGACCACGCCGGCAUCGCAGACCUCCGCCUCCUCGCCGCACCAGCCAACUGCGGCCUUACCGUCGCCGGAAGCCCGUCGCCUACAGCCAGGGUCAGCGCCGCCGACGACGGUCUCCAAUCGCCGCUGUUUCGUCUUCGCCGGAAGUCCGCCGCCAUCAUCGCCGUCGAGUCCAGCGCCGGUCGCCUUUCCCCAGCCAGUCGCCGCCGCUGUUUCCUUCGCCAGUAGCCGCCGCCAUCAUCGCCGUCAGGUGCAGCGCCGCCACGCCGAGCGCUGGACGUCGCCUCUACUGCUGACGUCCUUCCUCGCCGACGAAUUGCAGCGCCGCCAGUCGCUGCUCACCGCCGUCGAGUUGCCGCUCCGCCACUGUCGCCGGCGUCCGUCACCGUCGCCGCAUCCAGCCGCUGCCCCGAGUUGAUAUCGCCGGCAGAUUAACCUCCACGCCGGAUUGAUUGGUCGAUUUCGCAUUUUGACUCAAUUUGACCCGUUCGUUUGAUUUCGUUGAUUUGUCUUCCGUUC